AUGUUAGCGCAAUCGGGAUUGCAUCUGAUAAAGGAAUUAAAACGAUCUCAAACAUGUCGUCUACCCGCCUAUAACGAGGAACGUAUUCGGAUAUGUCUUGAAGAGAUGAAGUCGUUAUACGAAGCAAACUACCGCGAUGUCUCUUUGGUUUCCGCUGCUGAUACUUCAUCUGCAUCAGAAGAUCAGGCUGGUCGUAUUCAAUGCGUACUGGUUCGGCACGCAGUUCUGGAACGCAACAAGCGUUGUCUUCUUGCGUACCAUCAUGCCCGGUUAAUGUACAUAAAAAGUUUACGAUGGCAGUUUGGUACUGUUCUACCUAAAGGUAUGAUGACUUUUGUGUUCUUUACUUGUUACGGUUUCUCCGCACUUAAUCAUUUUUACAGAAAUCUCGCACAAAAUUAG